AUGAUAAAUGGAUCAGGUAAUUUAAGAAAUUUAUGUUUAAACGUUUUUAAGAGUGUUAAAGGGAAAUAUUUAGAAGAAAAUAAUACUGGUGAAGAUGGUACUAUUAGCAGUAGUUGUAGUAGUAGUAAUGUGAAUACAAUGGUAAAAGAGAACAAUGUUGGGGGUAUUAUGAAUGAUAAAAAUUCGACAAAUGAAAAAAUCAGUAGAGCUGACAGUAAAAAAGGGGUUGACCCGGUUGUUAGAAACGAGAAAAACGAAGAAGUAGAAGGAGAGGGUGAAGAAGUGGGGGAAGAAGAAAGAGGAAGAGUAGAAGAAACACUGAGUUUAAAUAUAAACUGUAGCAGUAGUAGCAGUAGUAGCAGCAGUAGUAGCAGCAGUAGCAGCAGCAGUAGCAGCAGUAGCAGUAGUAGUUGUAUGUCUAGCGAUAAAUCCAUAAGGGAUAACAAAAAAGAGAACAACAAUAUUGAUUGUGGCAUAAUGAAUACAAGCAAUUUGAAUGUAACAGAUUAUGAAGAAGUUUGUAACGAAGUAAAUGAAGCACAUAAAGAAGACACAACAAAAGAAAUUAGUAGUGAAUCUAUAAAUAUAGAUACAAAUGUGGCUUGUACUUACAAUGAUUACAAUGAAACCAGUUACUACUAUGGUAGAGAAGUUAACAUAGAUAACAACAGGUGCAAGGAGGAUGUGAAUAGUGAAGCGAGGGGUAAGGGUAUUCAGUCAUGUGAAAAAUGGUAUAAUCAUAAUUAUAUUAAAGAUAAUGACGAUAAUAAAGAUUAUAAAGAUAAUAAUAGUAAUAAUAGUGAUAAUAAUAAUAAAGAUAAUAAUAGUAGUAAUAAUAAUAAAGAUAAUAAUAGUAGUAAUAAUGAUAAUACUACUGCUACUAGAACUGUUAAUAACAACAAUAGUAAUAAUAGUAGUAAUAGUAAUAGUAAUAGUAGUAGUAGUAGUAGUAGUAAUAAUAAUAAUAAUAAUAAUAAUAAUAAUAAUAAUAAUAAUAAUAAUAAUAAUAAUAAUAAUUAUAAUUAUAAUAAUAAUAAUAGUAAUAGUAACAGUAACAAUAGUAAUAGUAAUGGUAAUGGAAAUAAUUCUAUUUAUGAAAUUAGGAAAGAAAGGGAAAGGGAAAAAAAAAGAACGAAAUGUAGUGAUGCCUUAUUUAUAAACACAAGUAGUGAAAUGAGAGAAGAAAGUAUAUAUGAUGAUUAUGAAGAGAAGUUAAGUAAUUCAUGUAGGUUUUUUAUUUAUACAUCCAACCCCUUUGACUCAGAUAUUAGGAUGAUAAAAGAAAACUGUCUGACUAUAUAUCAAUUAUUAUAUACAGAAAAAAAGAAGUGGUGUUCCAUAUAUAUAUGUACAAACAAUGGACCUAUGUCAAAUUUUAAUUAUCAUUUAUAUAAAAUAUUAUGUAGUAAAGAUCAUAUAUAUAUGUACUUUUUUCUGUUAAAGAAAUUUAUUUUUUCUUGUUACAUAUAUUUCAACUUGGUCAGUAUAAAAAUAUUUUCGUCCUUCACAAACAGAGGAGAAAAUAUUAUUUUGUAUGACUUUACAAAAAUAAUUAAUCGAAAUAAUGUAUCGAAUGAGGAUGGAUUUAAGGAAGAUGGAUUAAACAAAGAUGGGUUUAAAAAAGACGAGAAUUCUUACUGUGUAUCCUCGGGCGAAAGGGGGGUUAAUGGUAGAGAGGAUGGACAAAAACGUAACCAAGGGAAGCAGCCGUUGAAGGAGCAGUUAACUGAGCAUUUAACAGAGAAACAUAUAAUGAAUCACUUAACAAACCACAUAACUGACCACAUAACUGACCACAUAACGAAGCAUCAUCAAUCAGUGAUACAGAUCGGAGACUCUGAAACAAAUAGAAGGAAGAGGAAACCGAUUGAAGAGAUAAAAAGCAGUUGUAGUAGUGUCCUUUCCCAAGAUAAUAAUUUAAACUGUAAGUAUGAAAAGGAGCGGGCGAAUAAUUUACUACAUCCCAAUAGUGGUAGUAGUAGUAGCAGUAGUAGUAGUAGUAGUAGUAGUAGUAGUAGUAGUAGUGGAAGUAGUAGUAGUAGUGGCAGUAAUAGUAAUAGUGAUAGCAGGAUAUAUGAAUUGAAUAAAGAGAAUGACAAAAACGAAGAAGCUCAAAUACUAAACUUUAUAUAUGACCCAUGCAAACAUUUACAUGAAAAUAAAAUUAGCAUUUGUCAGAGUUAUUUUAAUUUCUUUGAUAAAGAUCAGGCAGAUAUAAAAAAAAAAUUGCAGUUAUUUAUUAAUACUCAUUCACCUACUAUGAUAAAUAUUACAAAGAGAUGGAAUUCAUUUUAUUUAAAUAAAAAUAAAAUUUCUUCAUUUGUCGAAAAGUUCAAAAACAUGAAUUUCUCAUCCUUUGAUAAUUUUAAAAAAGAUAGUACUGAAAAGUUUAUACACACGUUUGUUGAAACGUUUUGUGAACUUAGCAGUGCAAAGGGGGGGGAAAUGCAGCAGAAAAGGGAGGAAAGUCAAAAGAAAGAGCGGAUGAAUGAGGGGCAUAUAAAGGAAAAGGAGGUAAAGAAUGAUAGAGUGAGAGAUGGCGAAGUGAAAGAUGACAACGAUAGAGGCAAUAACGUUCCAAUAUUAGACGGUGCACAAAGUAAUUACGACUCUCCAAGUGAUAAUAAAGAAAAAAUUAUGAAUAGUUUAUUUUCAUUAAAUGAAAAUGAAAGGAAAGAAAUUAUAUCCAUGAGUAAUAUGACUGAUGAUAAUAAUAUAUAUAAUGUAGUAGAAAUGACUAGGGAGGAAGAGAGCGUCAGUAUGAGUGUUGAAAAAAAUAGCUGUGUUAAUUAUAAUACUAAUGUAGUGUUAAAUAAUGUAAAUAUAUAUUUAGGUAAUGAUAAUAAAAUGAAUGAAGGUGAUAUGUUGGAGAAGGAGGAGGAUAAUAGGAAUCUAUAUAAAAAGGACAAUAUAAAAUUAAGAGAAGAUUUGGAAGAAUAUGCAUUUAGUAAGAACAGUGUUGUAAGGAUGAUAGAGGAGGAGUCUAUUGAAAAAAGCACUAUUCAUGAAAAUGCAAGUGGUGAAGAUACAGUAAUAACAAAUGAUAAUCUUAAUGACAAUGUUAAUUAUGAUAUGGUUGCACUUAGUGAAGUUCAGAUGGUCAAAGGAAGUAGCAAUAAUAAUCUAGAUAGCAAUGCCGCGUUAAGUACAAAUUAUUUAGGAAGUAGCAAUGAUUUAGGGAGUAGUGACAAUUAUAUGAAAACAAACUAUAGCGAUUGCAAUCGCGUUGAUAGUGAUGAUACAAAUGAAGCAGUUAAGGAGAGGAAGAAUAGUCAUAACGAAAAUGCUUCUUAUUUUAUGGGGGAAAGUAACAUGCAUUCAUCUGAAGCGGAAAACAACAAUGAUGUUGAUAGCAUUAAUGAUGAUAAUAAUAAUGAUGAUAAUAAUAAUGAUGAUAAUAAUAACAAUGACGAUAACAAUGAUGAUAAUAAUAAUGAUGAUAAUAAUAAUGAUGAUAAUAAUAAUGAUGAUAAUAAUAAUGAUGAUAAUAAUAACAAUGACGAUAACAAUGAUGAUAACAAUAAUAAUGAUAAUAGUAAUAAUGAUAAAGUAUACAACACAAGUUAUAAACGACUGAACACGUUAAAUAAAAACUAUCUUCCAAACAACAUAAUUUUGAACAGCCUAAAUAUACUGAUAACGGACUUAAAUGAGUUAUACGAUUAUUUGGAAAAUAGUAGAGACAGCAAACAUUUGGUAGUACCUUGUGCUGCAAGCAGGAAUAGUAAUAUCGCGUGCAGCAGUAUUUGUAAUAGUGUGUGUAACAGUGUGUAUAACAGUGUGUGUAGUAGCAUGUGUAAUAGCAUGUGUAAUAGCAUGUGUAACAGCAUGUGUAAUAUCGUGUGUAAUAGCGUGUGUAACAACGUGUGUAAUAGCGUGUGUAACAACGUGUGUAAUAGCGUGUGUAAUAGCGUGUGUAACAACGUGUGUAAUAGCGUGUGUAACAACGUAUAUAAUAGCGUGUGUAACAACGUAUAUAACAACGUAUGUAACAGCUAUUGCGGCGUUAAGAACUAUGGAUAUAUACACUACUGUGACAGCAACAUGAUACUGAAAGAAGAGGGUCAAAGGAAGGACUUACUAUUUAAUCUAAAGGAGGAUGAGAAAGAAAGGGAGAAGGAGGAAACUGCAGGUAACAUAUAUAAAAACUUAAAAAGGGAAAGAGGAGAGGAAGACGAAGAAUCAGCAUAUUAUAGGAGCAUUAAUAGAGACGAAUACCACAAUAAUAACAGCAAUAUUAAGAAUAGUAUGCAGGAGUAUUACAAUAAUUAUAGCAGAUUGAAUAACAAUAAUAAUAAUAGUAACAGUAGUAAUAGUAACGGUAACUGUAAUGGAAAUAGUAAGGACGAGUACUACAACAUCGAAAUAUCGUCCGUCGAUUUCAGGAGCUUUUGUUCAGUAUGUUCAGGUAUUCAGUAUGAUAAUUUUGAAAAUAACCUGAACAGUUCAGAAGAAAAUAAUUAUAAAAAGAUAGAAGUGUUCAUGAAAGAAAGCGAUUUUUUUUGUAAUUGUAAUAAUAUAAACAGUUUUCAAAAUGAAAAUAUAAAUGAUAAUUGUAAUUAUAAAAUUUGUUUUAAUGGUGAUAUGACCAAUGAAGAAUAUUAUAUGUUAAAAAAGAAAGAUAUAGAAAAGAUGAACAGAGCAAUAGAUGAAAUAAUUUAUAUGAAUCAUGGAGAUGGCAUGUUUGAGGGCGAAGAAGGAGGAACAGCAGGAACACAUGCAGCAGCAGGGGAAGGAGGAGGACGAGGUAGAAGAACUAGUAAAUUUGAUUUGAAAAACAAAUAUAUAGGGAAAAAUAAAAAUAAAAUAUUAACAGAAGGUAGUAAUAGUAAAGAUUAUGCAGGAAAAACAUUAACAAGUAGAGAGUUAAGAAAUAUAAGGAGAAAUAAAUUAACAAAAAGUCAACAAAUAGAUCAUCAAAAGGGUAAUAGUACAAGUAGUAGGGUAGUACCAAAAGUUUCUUCUCAAGGUUAUGAUAUGAAAUCACCAAGGGUUAAGAAGUUAGAGAAAUUUACAAGUGUUGAUCAAGAAGAGUUAAGAGAAGUUUUUGGACCUACAGGAGUAUCAGGUGUUUAUUUUGAAAAAAGUAGAAGCAGUUGGACAGCACAAUAUAAAGUUAGUGGAGGAAAAAGAAGAGCAAAAAGGUUUCUAGUUACUAAAAACAUGACUUAUGAAGAAAUUGAAAAUGUUAAACAACAAUGUAUUGCAUAUAGAAAACAAAUGGAAAAGGAGUAUAUAAAGGAAUUUUUAAAUGAAGAAAAAAAGAGAGUAACUAAUAGUACUCAUGGUUCAUCCAAAAAGUCUAAAAGGAAAAGAAAGAUGAAAAGUUUUUAUGACUGUUAG